UUAUCUUUGACUUGAGUGCCUUCAGUUGGUUUUUGCCUCCUUCUUGAAUUAAAAUCGGUGCGAGAAAGUGUAUUGUUGUUCUGAAUUAAAAAUUAACUUUAAUGCAAAUUCAAAUUAAAUCCGGAAGGUGCGUGAGUUUUUUUUAAAUCCAUUUUUACCAGGGAUACAUUCUCGGGAUUUGUUAUAGUUUUUUUCCCAGUGCUGAAUCAAAAUCAAACUGUUUAAAGAUGCGUGAAGCAUUGAAACUAUUCUUGCUAACGGUGAUGUUUUCGUUAACAUAUUCUUUUUCCGGGCUCCUUGAUGAUUACGGCCGAGGUAAGAAUAACGUCCCUGAGGCCACGUCCGGCCUAACGGAGGACGAUGCUCUCUUCUUAACACCUUACAUCGAAAAAGGGCAAAUCGAAAAGGGACAAAACCUGGCCAAAGUACCCACGAUUCUCAAAAAUAUAGAGAGCUUUGCCGGCUUCAUAACCGUCAACAAAUCCACCGACUCGAACCUCUUUUUCUGGCUAUUCAAGAGCCAGCAAGGCGACUGGAAGAAGAAACCAUUGGUGAUUUGGCUCCAGGGUGGCCCUGGUGGCAGUUCUAUGUUCGGUCUCUUCACAGAGUUAGGACCAUUUUCUGUGACCAAAGGUCAAAAGCUGAAACGGAGGAAGUACUCCUGGCACCAGAAAUACAACCUAGUGUUCAUCGAUAACCCUGUCGGAGCCGGAUUCAGCUUUACGAAGAAAGAUUCAGGAUACGCAACCGACGAAAGAGACGUGGCCAGAGACCUCUACGAGCUGUUAGUCCAGCUCUACAAACUCUUCCCGACUCUACAAAGUAACAAGCUAUUCAUGACGGGCGAGUCGUACGCCGGAAAGUACAUCCCGGCAAUCGCCUACAAGAUCCACAACGAGAACAAAGCGUCCACCUUCAAAAUCAAUUUAGCCGGGCUCAUGAUCGGCAACGCAUUCACGGAUCCUCUAAACCUAAUGACCUACUCUACGUAUCUCUAUAAACUCGGAUUGAUAGACAAAGCAACCGAGAAUGAUUUCAAAAGGAGGGAAGACGAAAUCCGAGCCCUUAUCAGAUCUGGUCAGUUCAUAUCCGCGGCUAGUAAGUGGGGUUGGGAGAUGAAUGAAUUCGAAUAUCUCUCAGGGCUUCGCGGAUUGUACGAUUUCGUAAACGAUGACAUAGGUAAUGACGGUCCUGAGAUUUACUAUAUAAAUGACCCAGAAACCAGGAAAAACAUCCACGUGGGGAGCUACACUUUCCAAAAUGGCUAUGCAACAUACGAGCACCUCCAAGAGGACAUGUUCCAAUCGGUCAGGCCGUGGGUGGAGGAACUUUUAACAGCUGAGGAGUUCCCUAUUAUGUUUUACAGCGGUCAGCUUGAUAUUAUCGUUGCCUACCCUCUCAGUCUUGGAUUCUACGAUGCUUUGGAGUGGCCGCAUGCUAGCGAAUAUCAUAAAGCGAAUAGAUGUCAAUUCAAGGUUGGCAACGAUGUGGCAGGCUACUACAAAACGGCUGGAACGUUCACUGAGGUACUGGUUCGGAAUACUGGGCACAUGGUACCCACUACGCAACCAAAGUGGGCCUUUGAACUUUUGGACAGGUUUAUAACGAAUAGUUCUUCCUUCGUAUGUUGAAAAUGUCUUAUGUGAAACACGGGAUGAAUUUUUUUCUCAGCUUGGUCGCUUUCUAAAUAUCUUCUUGAUGUUGCAUCACGGGAAGCUCAGAGCAUCUAUUUAUUUUCGUUGCUUGCAUUCAUACAACUUAUGUCAUUUCUUUGUUCGGGUAGAGAGGAAAAAUUCUUUGAUGAUGUCACCACUAAUAGUCGGCCAUGAUGGAGCACGCCGACGGUGAAACCACAAAACCACGCAUUUCAGUUGCGCCGCUGCAACUUCUCGUCCUUUUUCAUUUAUUUUCUCAUUCGUUUUUUCUUUUCAUUCUUGUUUUUUUUUUCGAAAAAAAGCUAUUCCACAAAA